GUCCACCUCCGGUCCCCCUUCAUCAUGAACGGCGUCUGCGUGAGGUGGAGAGGCUACGUCGACCUCGAGCGGCUGGACGGCGUCGGCUGCCUCGAGUACGACGAGGAGUCCGCUGCCGAGGAGGACCGCAUCCUUCGGGAGGAGAUCGAGAAGUACAAAGCCCGCCUUCGGGAAUUCGAGGAGAAGCAGCGCGCCUUCAGAGUCCCCACGACAAGCCACGCCACUCAGCCCACACCCACCCCACGCCACACGCACCCACACGCCCACACCGAGCAGGCCAACAUCCAAGUGCGCUAGCAGAUUCUCAACCUUCUGCAUCGCAAGAGUUGACUUCCACGCAACUGAGAAAGCGCCGAUUGCAGAAGACCAGCUGGACGUACAUACCAGUGUUGUCAGAGAAUGUAUGCGUGUAAAUAUAUAUAAUUUGCGUGUGUCAGAGCGUGUGUGCUUUAUAAUUAUUGUUUUUUUUAUAUAUAUAUAAGCGUGCGUGUUUGUGCUUGGCUUUCUCGUAUUGUGCAUGACGAAAGCAGAGAGAGAGAGAGAGAGAGAGAGUAUUGACCAAUCAUGGGGUCGAUACAGGGUGUAGCGCCGCCCACCUUCUCUCUGAAUGGAUGCUACGGAUGAUGACGUCAUGGAAAUUCCGGCCAAUCAGGAACGAUAGAUCUCUACGAGAGCCAAUAUUCAAAGUGUGAAUGCAAGAUAUCUGAAAACAGUAACAUAUGUGUAUGUGAUUGCGUGAAUUAAGUCUGACAAUGUGAUUUCUCUGUACAGUACGUGUGUUUUCACAAAGAUGUACAAAGGCGAGCGAUAGACAGAUACCCCUUCGCCUUUUCCCGAAUAUAUUGGAAACUCAAUCUAGGGCACGUGUUAGAAACUCAUCUAACGUCCUGAACAUUUGUCUAACACAGGGCCAAUAGGGAGCGGUCCUGCCCAGACAAAAGACCUUAAAAAAGACCUAAAUGAAUACUGGUUUAAAGACAGGUUAUGGUGAAACAUGUACUAUAGGCGUAUUAUGCUGAACCUGCCUAAGCCAGUUGUCGGUGUGUGUGUGUGUGUGUGUGUGUGUGUGUGUGUGUGUGUGUGUGUGUGUGUGUGUGUGUGUGUGUGUGUGUGUGUGUGUGUGUGUGUGUGUGUGUGACCAAGCUUAACCUAGCAAAUGCCCUGUCCUUGCUAACGUAAAAAUGUACUAACACAUAUUGUACACACUCGUCAUAGCACUUUCAGCUGUGACUAAUCUUUUUUUUUAAACUGAUUAUUCUUUUUAAUUGAUGGCAGCAACAGUUUCUCAUUGUAAUUCGUUUUUUUCUUUUAUUUUUAAUUGUAGUUUAGCUCGUGAUUCUGUGGGCCAAGUCUUGAUUAUAUAGUGAAUACCAAAGAUUUAUUAAUAUUUAUUGCUAUAGAUGUUCGGAUGAGCUUCCCCCCCUCUAACGGCUAUGGCUUCGGUCACGUUGAUCGUCAUUUGUUUCUGUUUAUUGUUGUUGAGUGACUUUGAUGUUUGUGUCUAUUACCUAAGCCUGAAAGAUUAAUAUUUAUCAGCUUGGCACAGGUAAAGAAAUUGUUAUGACUGAAGUUUUAUGGAAAAAGAGAGAAAUUUAGACUCCUGUGUGGGGGGUUGGCGAACCUGGUCAGCCAAGACUUUUGUAGAAAAUUUCGCAAAAAUUCAUUUAAACCUGAUUGUGGUUUGCCCUCUAUAGUAUUAUAUUAAGAAGACAUUGUUAAAAUUAGAAUCAAGAUAACUGCAAGAGAAAUUGAUAAAAAAAAAACUUGUGUGCAAUAUAUAAAAAAACAAACAUCAACAACGGCUCCUCCUGGCCAGCACAAAUGGCCGACUUUGGGACGACUUUUGGAGAGAUAGUUAAGGUCGAAAUGAUAACAAUUAUGAAAUAUAUUGGGUGUGUGAGGGAGAGUGGAGAUGGGGGGGGGGCUCUCCAUCAAAAUAAUUAAUGGGGUUUAAUUUCUGCACAUGUAUAUACACGAUAUAUAUAUUUAAGUUUUCUUUUUUGUGAUGAAGUCGUGAGAUUUCACAUAUUUAUUCCUCCUAUUCUUCCCCCGUCACCGUUAACCCCAUUUAUUCCCCCCUUCUUCUCCCCUCUCUUCCAUCCAUGCCGUACGUAUAUGUACACUGAUGUAUAAUGUAUAGUUGACACUGUAGACUUAAUCAAUAAAAUGUUUUUUUUUUUU